GGUAAUGAGUGGGACUGUAGUAUAAAAGAAUGAGUCCCAGCCAAACUUUACGAGGACAACACUUGUCAGGGUUUUAAACAUGGUUCGGUUUUCCCUAGCAUCAGUACUUUUACUGGCUGUCACCAGCACAGCCAUCGCUGGACCAAUAAGUGAUUAUGGUGGUGGUGGAAUUAAAGUAGUACCUUACCACGGAGGCGGCGGUGGAGGCGGCGGCGGUGGCGGUGGAGGCCAUGGCGGAAGCUGGCACCAUGGAGGUGGUCCAUACCAUGGCGGACAUGGCGGACAUGGCGGAAGCGGUAUCGGAGGAGGAUCAGCACAUGCACAUGCCCACUCUUCAGCAUCUGCCCAUGCACACCAUUUUGGACCAGGAGGAUCUUCACAUGCAUCAGCUGGCUCAUCAUCCCAUGCAUCCGCAUCCCAUAAUGGUUUAGGAGGUGGCAGUGCUCAUGCACAUAGCAGUUCCAGCGCCCACGCUCAUUCCGGUGGAUUCGGUGGAUUCGGCGGUAUUGGCGGUAUUGGCCCAGGAGGAAGUGUUGGAGGAGGUAAUGGCGGUAUUGGUGGAAUAGGCGGCGGUGUUGGCGGUAUUGGCGGUAUCGGUGGUAUUGGCGGCGGCGGUGGACCAGGCGGUAAUGGCGGUAUCGGAUUCGGACCAGGAUUCGGAGGAGGAUUCGGACCAGGUUCAUCUGCUAGUGGAUCCGGAAGUGGCAACGCAUUCGGUGGUCCAGGAGGUUCAAGCGCAAGCGCAAACGCAGCUGCACGUGCAAAUGCAAAUGGUGGCGGUGGAUUCGGUGGACCAGGUACCCCAGGAAACUCAGGACCACCAGGCCAACCCGGAUUACCAGGAGCACCAGGACAACCAGGACGUCCAGGAAAUACCCCACCAGGUCAACCAGGAAACUCCGGACCACCAGGUCAACCAGGUAACCCAGGACGUCCAGGCUCUUCAGGAAGACCAGGAGGAUCCGGACAACCAGGAGGUCCAGGACGUCCAGGAACCCCAGGUAAACCAGGAAACCGAGGACAAUCCGGACAGCCAGGCGGACCAGGACAACCAGGUCACCCAGGAGCAGGAGGACAACCAGGACGAAACGGAAAUCCAGGAAACCCCGGUAAAGCAGGAACACCAGGUCACUCAGGAACACCAGGAUCACGAGGAUCUCCAGGAACCCCAGGAACACCAGGACAACCAGGAAUUCCAGGCACCACUGGAGGACGAGGACCAAGAGGACCAGCUGGUAUCAUCGGAUUAAUCGGACCAAAAGGAAAUCCAGGAGAGCCAGGAAAUCCAGGUGCCCCAGGAGGCCCAGGAUCUACAGGACCACAAGGACCACAAGGACCAGCCGGAGGACCAGGAGCAUCAGGCGGACCAGGAGACAAAGGUGCACCAGGUACACCAGGAGGAACUGGACCAAGAGGACCAAUCGGACCAUCAGGACCAUCAGGAGCACCAGGGGACCAAGGACCACAAGGAGGUAGAGGAUUACCAGGACUCGGAGGCAAACCAGGAGCUAAAGGACAACAAGGAUCAAAUGGAGACGUUGGACCACAAGGACCAUCCGGCCCAGCAGGACCACAAGGCCCACAAGGAAAGAACGGUGUCAAAGGAGCAGCUGGAGACCAAGGAGCUAGAGGACCAGAAGGAAAAGCCGGACCAGCUGGACCACAAGGAGAACAAGGACCAAAAGGACCAUCAGGAGCACAAGGACCAGCCGGCCCAGCCGGACCAUCAGGAGAACAAGGACCAGGAGGUGAAAGAGGAGCACAAGGACCACAAGGAGCUGAAGGACCAAGCGGACCAGCAGGCCCAAGAGGACCAGCUGGAUCCCAAGGACCAAGUGGUGAACACGGAGCACCAGGAGCACCAGGUAAAAAAGGACCAAAUGGAGACCGAGGAAACCAAGGAUCACCAGGAGCACCAGGCAAAAACGGAGCACGAGGAGAUAGAGGAUCAAGAGGAAGCAACGGAUCACCCGGCAGAUCAGGAUCACCAGGAAGCCGAGGAAAAGCCGGACCACAAGGACCACAUGGACCAAGAGGAGCACGAGGAUCACAAGGACAAAAAGGACCACGUGGAGACCAAGGAGCACCAGGUAUUAUUCGUAUUGUUAUCGAUGACCAGAGAACAGGACCAGAAGUUGCAGAAUUCCCAGGAUUUGAUGGAUUCGGUGGAUUCGGAGGAGCAUCAGCUAAUGCAGGAAGUUCAGCAAAUGCAAAUGCUGGUGGACCAGGUGGAUCCGCUGGAGCAGGUUCAUCAUCAGGAGCUAACGCAAACGGAGGUGGAUUCCCAUUCGGAGGACCAUUCGGAGGAGCAGGAGGUGGUCCCGGAGGAGCAGGAGGUCCCGGAGGAGCAGGAGGACCCGGAGGAGUAGGAGGUGGAUUUGGAGGUGGACCAGGAGGAGUAGGAGGUGGAGUUGGAGGAGGACCAGGAGGAGUAGGAGGAGGAGUAGGAGGUGGACCAGGUUCAGGAGGAUUUGGUGUAUUUGGAGGAGGAUCUAGCGCCGGGGCAUCAUCAUCAGGAUCAGCAUCUGCAUCUAACGGUGGACCAUUCGGAGUACUCAAUGUAGGACCAGGAGGUGGAAUCGGUGGUGGAAGCGCAUCAGCAUCUGCAGCAUCUAGAGCACAUGCAAACGCUUUUGGUGGUCUCGGAGGCGGAAGUGCCUCAGCCGGUAGUCAUUCCUCAUCUAGCGCACACUCAUUCGGCGGACACAACGUAUUCCAUAGUGUGAUCCAUCAUGGAGGUCCAUCACAUGCUUCAGCACAUGCAUCUGCUCAUGCCCAUGCAUCUUCAAGCGGAGGUCACGGAGGUCAUGGAGGAGGUCAUGGACCAGGAUACACUCCAUACAAACCUGGAUAUUAACUUUGAAUUGACUUCUUUGUAGUAAAAUGAAUGUUUAUUGUAAUAUUAAAAUCUGCAGUCUUCGUA